UCCCUCGUUGGCACCCGUAGAUUUACGGUAAAGUCAGACGUGUAUCUCCGCUUGAUACGGGAAGUGUUUUCAACCAGCUGAAAGAUGAAUAGUCCUAUGUGCCAUCGCUCGGCCAUUUCUUGAUUGUUAGAGACAGACUACUUAUGAAUUUAAACGGCGAUGUUGUCCAACUUAACGUUAGACUUAGAAAGUCGUCAACAGUUUCCUGUGAUGGAGCGCGAGACAGACAGCAUCUCUAUCGACCAGGGGGGAGAGUGGGACAUAAGCUUGUUCGAUGAGCUAGAACAGCUUGGAGACCCAGAUGAUCUGCUUGAGGCCCUGGAGAAUGCCGCAUAUGCCAAUGAAGGUCCAGACCUGGACUUUGAUAUUGAUAUCCCACUGUGGAAUGGAGCAGACACAAGCAGCACCUGCACAGAUGGUGAGGUGAGCAUGAACUCUCUGUCACCUGCUCACACUCUGAGCUCCGUCCCCUCUCCCUCCUCUGUGGAGGCUCUGUCCCCGUACUCCUUACUCGAUGAGGCCCCUUCUCCACAGUCGCAGCUCUCUCCUGUUUCAGUCUGCUCAGAGUCCAGUGGCUUUUCUGUGGACUCUUCCCCAACGAAGAAAGCUGCAAAGAGGACCAGCCAGACCACACGAGCCAAACAAACUCCUCCAAUCAAGAGGCCCAUCCAGAUCGGCCCGAAGGUUUCCAUCCAGCCAAAGCCGCUGAUUACAGCCGUGCCGUUGGCUCACGCAGCCACUCCUCUGCAGGCCAAGACAAUCAUCAUCCAGCCCCUGCAGACCACUGUUCUACCUGUGGUCAAACAAGCUCCAGUCAACAUCCAACCAGCGCCCCAUCCAGGAUGUCCUAUCGUGCUGUCUCAGCCUAGCCAGGUGCUGCAGAUCCAGACACCUCAGACCAUCACCAGCAAUGUUGUCGCCAUGCCAACGCUUAGCCAGGAGAGGCCCAUCCCUGCCGCUGCUCCUUCAGUGGUCUCUGUUACACUUCGAUCCCCCUCCUCAGAUGAUGACUCAAAGUUGUCCCAGAGGCAGCAGCGCAUGAUAAAGAACCGUGAAUCUGCAUCCUUGUCUCGUAAGAAGAAGAAGGAGUAUCUGCUCUCUCUUGAAGCUCGUCUGAAACUGGCGUUGUCUGAGAACGAGGCGCUCAAGUGUGAGAAUGGGAACCUCAAGAGGCGGCUGGAGGGCCUGCUGAGUGAGAACAAAGUACUAACUGCAACGGCCCCCAAGAGGAGAGCUGUGUGUCUCAUGGUGGUUUUGGUGUUUCUGGUGCUGAACGUUGGGCCAAUGAGUUUGUUUCAGGGUGGAUCCAAACCUGAUGUUUAUACCGCGCGGCACAUCGGCAGACACCUGUUGAAUUUCUCCACAGAAAAACAAACCGAGUUGGUCAUGGGCGCCGAUUCCUUCCACAGUGGCCCUUCUGAGAUUGGCGACAGGUCUGAGGACAAGGCCCUGAUGGUGGUGAAAGAUCCCAUCUUCCUCCGACCUCCUCCACCCUGCCAGCCUCCUGUUAACAGGACCAAGUGUUUAGAGUUGGCUCAUGAGCUGAGGGGUUGGGUCCAGCGUCAUGAAGUGCAGCUGACCAAAACCAGACACAUGAGUAACAGCAACCUCAAACCCACAAGGACCAUUAUGAAAACACACAGUAAGGAGGCUCAGGGUGCCCAGAUCGUGACGGUCCAGUAUACAGAAACUACUGAGCAAAAGAAUCCUAGCAGUGAGCUGCAGGUUUACUAUGCCCCUCAUCACACCUACAGCGACUUCUUUGAUGAGAUCAAUCGUCGUGCCGACACUUUCUAUGUGGUGUCUUUCCGCAGGGACCAUCUUCUACUUCCUGCCACCAGCCACAACAAGGGAAGUCGACCCAAGAUGUCUGUGGUGUUGCCAGCCAUGAACAUAAACGAAAGCAUCAUAAGAGACAAAGACUACGAGGUGAUGAUGCAGAUAGACUGUGAAGUAACAGACACAAGGAUCCUCCACAUCAGGUCUUCAACCAUCCCGCCUUUGCUGCGGGUCAACCACACUGACACUUUCUACCAGCACUCCCCCACUGACAACCAGGCCGCACCCCCUGUCGGCGUGCUGAUGGGCUCUGCUUAAGAUCACCAGCAGCACCAGGACUCUUUGCAACUCCUCAGCACAAUCUCCAUGAAGACAAACAGAACACAGAAGACCUCAGUUAAUUUAGCUUGUGUAUGUUUUGAUUUGGUGUACUACCACUGACUCUCUGAUUGUGAUUUAGAUUUGAAUGAAAUCCAGUCAUUAAAACACAAAGGUAGGUCAAACUGUCGGCGCCAUUCAGCUACAUUCCUUAUUAGGGGCUAAUAUCCAGAGGUAUUCUGUAAUCGAGUCCUAGCAGAUGCUCACUUCUUGUGUGGCAGCAGUGACUUCUCCCUGUAACCCCAGACGGCCUACAUAAGGGUAAUUGCUUAGCAGCAGGGUGCCGAGCAUUGAACCCUGAGUCACCCCUUCAUAACACAAAUACUUUUACCCAAGAGCAGCUCUUCUCAAAUCUGCUCUUUCUCUUUUUUUGGUUCUCAAUUUUGGGACAAGCAGCACAGCAAAAGGAGGAAACAGAAGAUUAAACUCAGGAAAACAUUAGGAAAGCAUAACUAAUAUGCUGUUGGUUGUUUGUUAAAUUUCAGGUGCUUAGUUUUUAGCAUUGUAUUGAUGAAGAAUUUUAGUUUUUAUUUUUGGGUCUUUGCACUGUCCCUCUCUUCUGAAAAAGAAUCUAUCCAGAUAUUAUACAUAUUUAUUUGUUAUAUUAUGCAUCAACAAUGCCAACUACAAUUCAUGUAUUUUUGAUGUGGCCAUUUUUUGCUUCAGAUGACAUUUUCUCCUUCUGUCUGGGGUUGCUUUCUUCAAACUUUCAAUGAACAUAAUAUUGAUAUAUAAUCACAAAUGGUGGUUUGGAGUGAAACACUGUUAGAACGAGGAGAUUUCUUUGUGUUGGUUUCCUGGUUAGACAUCAUGAAAUUCAAAUACUAUACUGUGUCUUCAUCACUGUGAAACCCUCUUCAUGUGUUGAGCUAAAAUGGUAAACUUCUGACUUUUAACCACUUUUAAAAUUCAAAGUCCUGAUGUCUUUCUCCAACAGCUAAAUUGCACUUUUAUUUUCUGGCCUAAAGCCUAUAUUAACCAAUCUUUUGUGUAAAAUUGCACUAUAAUUUCAGAAUCUGGAGAGAUCUGUUCUGGCUUUGAAUGCUUUAUAUAAAUGUGUCAAAUAUGUUUGGACUUUAUACAAUUAAGGUCAAAAUUUGAUUGUAUAUAAAUUGUGCAUCAGUUUUUCUAACGAAGACAGACAUUUUGUCAAUAUCUAAAAAUGUAUAUGUUUUAAAUGAUGGUUGUUUUAGCUCAAUGAAGGUCCUUAAAAAUAUGUCUGAAAAUAACAUGCUGGCCUCAGCAAGACCGUCUGAACAACAUUUUUCCCCCUUGGUUUUGAAGAAUAUGUUCUAUGCUCCACAUUGUUUUCACUGCCUAUAAACAGUACUUGGGGACAAAGAAAGAGUGAGGUUUUGUUUUUUUUGUAUUUUACUACAGUGCAUACACCAAAAUAAACACUGGAUUUUGUCUAACUACAAA